GACAAUGAAAUUCACCCAAAGGGCCAAAGAGCAGGGCUCCACCUGCCCCCAUCCGGAUGGGCAUCACGUGGCCCCCUGUUAGCAGUUCAGGAAAAUUCCAGUCCUGUACACUUAGCCUCAUUUAGCCAUCUGUUUACCCACCCUGGCUGGCAUACUCGGCCUCCGUAAGCCAUCUUGAACAUUUACCAUUGCACACUUCCUGGCACACUUUUAAUUCCUAGCUUCUGCCACCUCUGCCACAUUGCCAGCCUUGUCCUCAUCCUAGAGUAGCCACGGGGUCCUGCCACUCACUUCAAAGCCAUCAUGUCGCUGGGGCCACUGAAAUUCCAGGCAGUGGGUGAGGAGGAUGAGGAGCAAGAGGAGGAGAGCCUGGAUUCGGUAAAGGCACUGACUGCCAAGCUGCAGCUACAAACUCGGCGACCCUCAUAUUUGGAGUGGACGGCCAGGGUCCAGAGCCAGGCCUGGCACAGGACCCAAGCCAGAUCUGGACUCAGGGGACAUGGGGCCAUCUGCGGCUUUGACUCAAUGGAUUCUGCACUUGAGUGGCUCCGACAGGAGUUGAGGGAGAUGCAGGCUCAGGACCGGCAGCUGGCAGGGCAACUGCUGAGGCUUCGAGCCCAGCUGCACCGUCUGAAGGUGGACCAAGCUUGUCACCUGCACCAGGAGCUGUUGGACGAGGCCGAACUGGAACUAGAGCUGGAGCCUGGGGCCGGCCUGGGCUUGGCCCCAACACUGCGGCAUCUGGGUCUCACACGCAUGAACAUCAGUGCCAGGCGCUUCACCCUCUGCUGAGGGGCACCUUGUGCCUAAGGGAAGCCCCUGGGAGGAGGAAAGGAGGGGGCCUCAGAAGUGCCAGCACCUGGCAGGUGGAAGGGGAGGCACACUUUGGUCUCUGAGAGUUCAAUUCUGAGAGCAGAAAGUCCCAGCUGGGGGUGGGAGCUGCUCUGAUGACCAAACUUCUCAAUAAAUAUCCUCUGAACCCCA